AUGUCGAAUAAAUCAAUUGAGGAGCUUUUGAAGAAGCUUGCUGAGGGUGUCCAGCUUACGGAUGACCAGAAAAAGGAAAUGAAGGAUUACAAGUUUUGGAAAACUCAACCGGUUCCUAAAUUUGAUGAAUCCAUUACUGAAGAUGGUCCAAUUGAAACUAAAACAAUUGCUGAUAUCUCCACUGAACGUUUACCUUUAUUGAAAGAAUUCGAAUGGGCUGAUCUAGAUAUGACAAACCCAGAGGAUCAUGAUGAAGUCUUUAGAUUAUUAUAUGAGAAUUAUGUUGAAGAUGCUGAUUCAACAUUUCGUUUUAAAUAUACUCCUGAAUUUUUAAAUUGGGCUUUGAAACCUCCAGGAUAUCGUAAAGAUUGGCAUGUUGGUGUCCGUGUUAAAUCUAGUGGUAGAUUAAUAGGGUUCAUUGCUGGUAUGCCUGCUGAUUUAGAUGUUCAUGGUAAAAAAAUCAAAGCUGUGGAGAUUAAUUUUAUUUGUGUUCAUAAAAAAUUAAGAUCAAAAAGAUUAGCACCAAUCUUGAUUAAAGAAGUCACAAGAAGAGUUAAUUUACAAGGAAUUUUCCAAGCUUUGUAUACAGCUGGUGUUGUUUUACCAAGUCCUGUUAGUGUUUGUAGAUAUAAUCAUCGUCCAAUAAAUUGGAAAAAAUUACAUGAAGUUGGUUUUAGUUAUUUACCAGAUGGUGUUUCAGAAACUCAAAUGAUUGCUAAAUAUACUUUGAGAAAUCAAGGAAAAGUUAAAAACUUGAGAGAAGUUAAAGCUCAAGAUUAUAAACAAUUGAUUGCAUUAUUUAAAAAAUUUCAAACUCGUUAUGAAAUAGUACAUGAUUUUAAUGAAGAAGAAUUCAAACAUUGGAUAUUUGGUGAUUUAUCUUUGAAAAAUGAUCAAAAAGUUGUUCAUACAUGGGUUGUGGAAAAUGAUGAUGGUGAAAUCACAGAUUUUUUCAGUUUUUAUUUAUUACCUUUUAGUAUUUUAAACAAUAGUGAUCAUCAAGAUUUAGGUAUUGCAUAUUUAUUCUAUUAUGCUUCAGAUGUUGCAUUUGAUAAAGAAGAAGCUGAAGGUAAUGCAUUAUUAAAGAAGAGAUUAACUGAUUUGAUAGGAGAUGCUUUAAUAAUAGCUAAAUCUUUAGGAGUUGAUGUUUUCAAUGCAUUAUCAUCUCAAGAUAAUAAUUUAUUCUUACAAGACUUGAAAUUUGGUGAAGGUGAUGGAUUAUUGAACUAUUACUUAUUCAACUACAGAGCUAAGCCAAUUUCCGGUGGAUUAGAUAAAGAAAACCAUAUUGAUCCAACAAAUUUGAGUAAAGUUGGUGUUGUUAUGCUCUGA